AUGGCUAUGCCUUUACCUGACCCUUCACAGGUGCAAAUUCAACCCUCCCUGGACGAGGUGUCCUCUAUCCUCGCAAAGUCAAAGGAGUCACGAUAUCCGCCGAACCUCGUUCCUCUCUGCGCACAGAUACCUGCCGACCUUUUCACGCCCACGCAAGCCUAUCUCAAAGUAGCGGACGGCUCACAACUUUCCUUUCUCUACGAGAGUGCUGCGACGACUGGGACCAUAGGGCGGUACAGUUUUGUAGGGGCCAACCCAUUGAAAGUUCUGAAGAGCGGUCCCGGGCAUGGCCCAGAGGAGGACCCCUUGCCGCGCCUCGAGAAAGAAUUGGCACAAUAUCGGGUAGCAAGCGUACCAUCUCUACGUCUGCCUCCGCUGACAGGAGGUGUGAUUGGAUAUGUUGGCUACGACUGCGUUCGCUAUUUCGAGCCCAAGACUGCACGACCAAUGAAAGACGUCCUAAAACUGCCCGAGAGCUUCUUCAUGCUAUACGACACCAUUGUCGCGUUUGACCACUUCUUCAACGUCUGCAAAGUCAUCACGUACCUCCGCGUGCCUUCUUCAGGGUCGCCCGAAGAUUUAGCCACCGCUUACGACAAGGCCUCUGAAAUUCUGCGCAAUACAGUCUCCAAACUGCAGGCCGAACACAUACCUCUUCCUUACCAACCUCCGAUUGCGGAGAAUCAGCCCUCGAAAUCGAACUUUGGUAAAGACGGAUACGAAGCACAUGUCACUCGUCUGAAGACGCAUAUUUGCAAGGGAGACAUAAUUCAAGCGGUCCCCUCGCACCGGAUUGCUCGACCGACCACAUUGCAUCCCUUCAACAUAUAUCGCCAUCUUCGAACAGUCAAUCCGUCCCCCUAUCUAUUUUAUAUCGAUUGCGAGGAUUUCAGCAUCGUCGGCGCCUCACCAGAAUUGUUGGUCAAAGAAGAAGCAGGUCGAAUCAUUACACAUCCAAUUGCAGGCACAGUGAAGAGAGGCCAGGAUCCGGAGGAAGACGAUCUACUGGCCGAAGAGCUCCGCAGCAGCCUGAAGGAUCGAGCCGAGCAUGUCAUGCUGGUUGAUUUGGCCAGAAACGAUGUCAAUCGUGUGUGCGAUCCUUUGUCUACGCGAGUUGAUCGAUUGAUGACGGUGGAACGCUUUAGCCACGUUCAGCAUCUUGUAAGUCAGGUCUCGGGCAUUUUACGACCGGGGGAGAACAGAUUUACGGCAUUUCGAAGCAUUUUCCCUGCUGGAACGGUGUCUGGGGCGCCAAAAGUUAAGGCAAUGGAGCUUAUCGCGGAACUCGAGGGCGAAAAGAGAGGAGUCUACGCCGGGGCGGUCGGCUACUUUGGGUUUUCCAGGACUGCAAUGGAUGGAUCUAAGAUUGAGGAUGAGGGCGCCGUGGACACAUGUAUCGCCUUGCGCACAAUGGUCGUUAAAGACGGAGUGGCGUAUCUGCAGUCGGGAGGUGGAAUUGUUUUUGACAGCGUGGAGGAAGACGAAUGGAUAGAAACCAUGAAUAAGUCGCGGGCUAACAUCAGAACACUCGAGGAGGCAGAGAAGAAGUAUCUGGCACUGGAAAACGCCAACGGCGCUGCUUGA